AUGCCAUUUGUACCUGAUUUCAAGCCACUUGCGCUUAAAGACUCCAAUCUUUUCAAACCCAUUGCCAUCGGUGACACCGUGGUUCAAAACCGCGCUGUUAUGUGUCCUUUAACACGUAUGCGUGCUCACACGCCUAAAAACGUACCCAAUGCCAAAUACGCACCAGACUACUACGACCAGCGGUCCAAAGCACCCGGCACGAUGAUCAUCACGGAAGGUACGUUUCCGUCGCCGCAAUGCGGCGGAUACGAUACCGCACCUGGUAUUUGGUCCCAGGAACAAAUACAGAUAUGGGAAAAGAUCUUCCAUCGCAUCCACGCCAACAAGUCGUAUGUCUGGGUGCAGCUCUGGGUGUUGGGCCGCCAGGCUUACCCGGACACGCUGAAACGCGAUGGGUUACGUUACGACUCCGCGUCCGACGGCGUUUACAUGGACGAAGAGUCUCAGAAAAAGGCCGAGGAGUGCGGCAACCCGCAGCACGGCUUGACUAAGGCCGAAAUCCAGCAGUACAUACGCGACUAUGUCAAGGGUGCUCAGAACUCGAUCGCCGCCGGCGCCGACGGAGUUGAGAUCCAUUCUGCCAACGGGUACUUGCUGAACCAGUUUUUGGACCCCAAGUCCAAUAAACGCACAGACGAGUACGGGGGGUCCAUCGAGAACCGGGCACGGUUCUCUCUGGAAGUGGUGGACGCUCUAGUAGCCGCCAUUGGCGCUUCUAAAGUCGGGAUCCGGUUCUCUCCGUACGGCACGUUCGGCACGAUGUCCGGCGGAGCCGAGCCGGAAAUCGUGGCCCAGUACGCUUACAUCAUCGGAGAGCUUCAGAGACGCGCCAAUGAGGGCCGAAAACUCGCUUUCAUUCACCUGGUAGAGCCUCGUGUAACCUCCCCUGUGUUACAAGAGGGCCAGGGCUGGUACAAAGGCGGCACCAACGACUUUGCGUUCAGUAUCUGGAAAGGACCCAUUAUCCGGGCUGGUAAUUACGCGCUGGACCCUCAUGCUGCGUUGCGGGACUUGCAGGCUAACGACAACACACUGAUUGGGUAUGGGCGGCUAUUCAUCUCGAACCCCGACUUGGUGACGCGUUUGGAAAAGGGUUUGCCGCUGAACAGCUACGAUAGAGCCACGUUCUAUGCACCAGGUCCUGAGGGAUACGUGGAUUAUCCAGAAUAUGAAGAGGCCAUUGCAAAGGUCUAG